GCAUGUCUCAGUGAAACGUAGUGGCAUUGUUUCGCCAGCCCUUGCCGGGUCCGCAGGCGCAGGCAUGGAUGGUGGACAACCUUUAGCAGGCGGGAGCGCUCCCGAGCACCGCAGAUCUUUGAUAGAACAGAUUGCAGAAGGAGGAGGAGGGCGAUGCAGUGUGGCUGGAGACGACUUUGAGGCGAUGGACCGGCCACAUGGGCACCAUAAAGAGCCCAGGGAGCCGCUUUCGGAUGUGGUGCGCAACUCCUUUGAGAAGGUGAAGAGAGACACCUUACUUGACGCCGGCUAUGUGCAGGAGCUGCAGCAGCAGGUGCCCGGGCAACUCAUGUGGCUCCGCUCUUCCUUGGGCCUUUUCAUACAAGUUGGGCUCUUCACUGUAUAUGUUGGCUUGGACUGCGGGAAGACAAUCUUUAAUAGCAUUGCUCUCAAGGGCGACUUGAGGAUUGUGCCCCAAAGCAUACCGAUUUGCCAAGCCUUUCUCCAGGUUGUCUUGGGACUUUCGAUUGCAUUGUCGAUCAAAGGAAAACCAGCCUUGGCUGAAGUUUUCAACCUACAAAAGAUCCUGAAAUUUUUGCCGGUUUCUCUGAUCUUUGCUGCUGCGCAGUCCUUCAACGUUCUUUCCUACACAGUGCUCAGCGGUGGGACCAUCAAGAUUUUGGGCCAGGUGCGUUUGCUUCAGACUGCGCUCCUAUCCAAGUUUCUUCUUGGGAGAUCGUACCAGCUGACGCAAUGGACUGUCAUAGCUGUGAUUGUCCUCGCGGCGGGCAAUUUUUGCCUUGGUAAAGAGGACAACAAGAUGAGAUGGGCCUGCUACCAAGAACUCCAGGAAAUCGAAGCAAACGAAUCCUAUUCAUUGGAUUCAACCGGAAUUCCUCAGGCAUGCAUCAUGGGGAAUCCAGAUGCUACCGACAACAAGAUGCAAGAAGUGCAAAGUUCUAUGACAUUGGGCCUUUGCUAUGUUUUUACUUAUUUGAUAUUAUCAGAUCUUGGAUCCCUCGUUUGCGAGCGCUUCCUCAAAACUGAGGAAGACCAGCCCUACUACAUCCAGAAGACUUGGAUGGAGAUAGGAUCUUUUCCUUGUGCUUUCAUUUUGUCAUUCCUGGUGCCACUGGGGCAGUCGUUCCUGGGUGUGGCUGAGAAGAGGUGGCGACCGCAGAUGUGGUGGAGUGAACAUGAGAAAUGCAGCGAUCCAUCCUGGGCAUCGCAGGGCACUAAUAUGAACUACUGUGGAGGCUUUUUCAGAAAUUGGACUGUUGCUGCAGUCAUUGCGUUGUUGCUUUGCAUGUCGCAUUCUUUUCUUUCCGGACUGGUGGUCAAGAAACUCAAUUCCGUGGUGAAACUCCUGGGAAAGUGCGCAUCUUUGGCCUUGGUGUUCUUCAUUGGCGAUUGUUGGAUUCUUCGCAAACUGGACCCAUCUCCUAUUUGUAUGAUUGCGGCCUUAACAGUGAUGUUAGCAACCUUUACCUUCAUGAACUUGAAGCCUUCGAGGGAAGAGAAACCUCGAGAUGUUGCAGACGGACAAUCCACAGACCGGCAGGCGAGUGUUGAAAUGACGCAGCGAUGACAAUUGAAGUGUACCGUUGAGAGACUGAGCUUGGCAAUGAUUUGACGCCCAAAGUUGGCUCAGCUCACUUCUGCGUGGCUGAAAGAAGCUCCUACUCCUCGUGGUCCUUUUCACCGGUAGUUCGAUGGAAAGCGAAGCAGCUGAUUUCGGGGAGCAUCGAUCCCGUGUGGGUCGAACGGUGGAGUAACGGAGCCAAAG